UGGAGGCCCAGAGGGAUGAAACAGAAUAUAGAUUAUAAGAGAGGGGGUUUUGGGGUCAUAGCUGCCUCUCCCCAUUUCUCACAUAGGUGCUUCAGUGAAGAGUCUUGCGUCUCCAUCCCCGAAGUGGAGGGCUACGUGGUUGUCCUCCAGCCUGAUGCCCCCCAGAUCCUGCUGAGUGGCACUGCUCACUUUGCCCGCCCAGCUGUGGACUUCGAGGGAUCCGAGGGGGUGGCUUUGUUCCCAGAUCUUCAGAUCACUUGCUCCAUUUCUCACCAGGUGGAGGCCAAAAAGGAUGAGAGUUGGCAGGGAACAGUGACAGACACACGCAUGUCCGAUGAGAUUGUGCACAACCUGGACGGCUGUGAGAUUUCUCUGGUGGGGGAUGACCUAGACCCGGAGCGGGAAAGCCUGCUCUUGGACAUGGCAUCCUUGCAGCAGCGAGGGCUGGAGCUCACCAACACGUCUGCCUACAUCACCAUUGCUGGGGUGGAGAGCAUCACUGUGUAUGAAGAGAUCCUGAGGCAGGCGCGUUACAGGCUGCGGCACGGAGCUGCCCUCUAUGCCAGGAAAUUCCGGCUUUCCUGCUCAGAAAUGAAUGGUCGUUACUCCAGCAAUGAAUUCAUCGUGGAGGUCAACGUCCUGCACAGCAUGAACCGGGUUGCCCACCCAAGCCAUGUGCUCAGCUCCCAGCAGUUUCUGCACCGUGGUCACCAGCCACCUCCUGAGAUGGCUGGACACAGCUUGGCCAGCUCCCACCGAAACUCCAUGGUCCCCAGUGCAGCGACUCUCAUCAUUGUGGUGUGUGUGGGCUUCCUGGUGCUCAUGGUCAUCCUGGGCCUGGUGAGAAUCCACUCCCUUCACCGCCGUGUCUCGGGGGCCGGUGGGCCCCCAGGGGCCUCCAGUGACCCCAAGGACCCUGACCUCUUCUGGGAUGACUCUGCUCUCACCAUUAUCGUGAACCCCAUGGAGUCCUACCAGAAUCGGCAAGCCUGUGUGGCAGGGGCUGCCGGUGGCCAGCAGGAGGACGAGGACAGCAGUGACUCAGAGGCAGCUGACUCACCCAGCAGCGAUGAGAGACGCAUCAUUGAGACCCCCCCACACCGCUACUAAGGCCUACACUCCUCCCCGAAGAGAAAGAGAGAGAGAGAGAGAGAGAGAGAGAGAGAGAGAGAGAAUUCUGCCCUGGUGAGACAGAGAUACUCUCAGAAAAGAAAGAAGGACAUUCUGAGAGAAGAGAGACCAAAAAGGAGAGAGCUUGAGGCAUCCUUUAAUCUCAAAAUCCCAGUUGGCCCCACUGGAGUCUACCCUCCCCAUCCCCCCGCCCACCUUGCUCCCAUGCCUCUGGGCUCCCCCGCUAUCCCGAGUGGAAGACUCUGGCUGCCUUUUUUGCCCCUCAGAGCAGCCUUCCCUAGCUCACCCAUGUCUCUGUCUCUCCCCCGACUAGCCAUGCUCUGUAUUGGGGGCGCUGUCAGUAGCAAUGGCAGGGGCCAGCGGUGGGAUUGAAGGAACCCUCUACUCCACACUUCCCUACCCUCCUGUCCAUGAGGCCUUCCUCCCCCCAGUUCCCGCCAUCCGUUUCACUCUGGGGACCCCUGCUUCUUCACUGCGCCCACUUUCCUUCCUUUGUUGUCCUCUUUCCUCUCCUGUCCUUGCCUGAAGUCCUACAACCCCUUCCCCUUCCUACAUGACCCGGUCAUGGCUAGGUUGUGGGGGUGGGAGCGGGAGUAGGGGCCCCGAUGUAUUAUAUAUAAUGUAUAUUUUUUCAUGUUGUUGUGAGCACAGCCCCUGUGUUCCAUGUGCAGCUCACAGCCUUGUGUGUGUGUGUGUGUGUGGCAUUGUCAUG